CUCCAGGCUGGUUGCCAAUCCAGGGUUGUCCUCUUUGCCUGGAGAGCAUAAAUACCACUGGGGAGCUCUGUGAGACUGCAGUUGGUAGGAGCUGCUGAGCUGAGACCUUGCAUUCCUCACACCUCCUAAGGCUUAUUUCAACCUUUCCCCCCUCCUCCUACUUUAAAUAUUUCAGAUCUAUAAUUUAUUUUCCACAAGCAGGCUUGGAGGAGCUACAUUUUCCUGGGGACCUGGAAGCACCCAGCAAGACCCGUGCUGAGCCACAGGACUCCCAGCAAGGAAAUCUGCCAGCAUCUUGAUCUCCACUUCUCCUGGCUGUAGAGGAGGCAUGAAUCCUGCCCUGCCUUGGAUCCUUCCUCUUGGAUGUGCACUGCUCCUGUCAAAGGCAGCCGAAGGCUUUAUCUUGCCCAACUCGAGUCACCUGGAGAGCAUUUUGAGCAAGUAUCAAGAUGGGGAAUCUCACUCCAGAUCCAAGAGAGCCAUUUUAUUUUCAGACAGACAGGAAAUAUUGAUGCUCCACAAUAAAUUGAGAGGUCAAGUGUACCCAGUGGCUUCUAAUAUGGAAUAUAUGACCUGGGAUGAAGAGCUGGAAAGAUCAGCCCAGGCUUGGGCUCAGCAGUGCAUCUGGGACCAUGGGCCCAGUGCCCUCAUCAGGUCGAUUGGACAGAACUUGGCAGUUCACUGGGGCAGGUAUCGUUCUCCAGCUUUCCAUGUCCAGGCUUGGUAUGAUGAAGUCAAGGAUUACACCUACCCUUAUCCUCACGAGUGCAACCCGUGGUGCCCGGAGAAAUGCACUGGCUCUAUGUGCACACACUACACCCAGAUUGUCUGGGCCACGACAAACAAGAUCGGCUGCGCUGUCAACGUCUGCAAGCAGAUGAAUGUCUGGGGAGAAAUCUGGGAGGACGCCGUCUACCUGGUCUGCAACUACUCACCCAAGGGCAACUGGAUUGGAGAAGCCCCCUACAAGACGGGCCGUCCCUGCUCCGAGUGCCCGCCCAGCUAUGGAGGAGGCUGCCAGAACAACCUCUGCUACAAAGAUUACCGUUACGAAGAUCCUGCCGUGGCCGAGACAGAUGAGACAAAUGAAGUGGAGAUUUCACAGGUUGUGGAGCAAAAUCCCGUGCGGUUCCACCCUCCAGAAAGCAAGCCCAGCAAAUCCAUCAAGCCCAAGAAAACCACCCCAGAAUCUUACAUGACACAAGUCAUUACCUGUGAAACCAAGAUGAGAGACAAAUGCAGAGGCUCAACGUGUAACAGGUAUUUGUGCCCAGCUGGCUGCUUGUACAGUAAGGGAAAGAUCUUUGGAACAUUUUAUUAUGAGAGUUCAUCAAGCAUAUGCCGUGCUGCAAUCCAUUAUGGCAUCCUGGACAAUAAAGGAGGCCUGGUUGAUAUCACCAGGAAAGGGAGGACACCAGGUUUUGUGAAGUCUACCAGGAACGGCGUGGAGUCUUUUAGGAAGAGUAAACCUUCAAAUGCAUUCAUGAUUUCCAAAGUCACAACACAGACUCUGGAUUGCUAUGCUACAGUAGCUGAGCUCUGCCAGUUCAAGAAGCCAGCCACCCAUUGCCCAAGGAUUUAUUGUCCAGCCCACUGUAAAGAUGAGCCAUCAUACUGGGCACCAGUGUUUGGCACAAAUGUUUAUGCAGAUAGCUCCAGUAUCUGCAAAGCUGCAGUGCAUGCAGGAGUCAUUCCAGAUGAAAGUGGUGGUUUCGUGGACGUGAUGCCUGUAGAAAAGAAGAAAACUUACGUUGGUUCCUUAAAGAAUGGAGUCCAGUCUGAGAGCUUGAAGACCCCUUCAGACGGCCACGCUUUCCGAAUUUUUGCAGUGAAGCAGUAAAUUCCUUGGGGAGGUGCAGGUUUCUUUGGGAGAGCACUCUGUGGAUCUCCAGAGACAGGAAGGCUCCUCUGAUGGCAUCAGCUCUGACCAUACCCUCCUUGCCGAUUUCUUUCAGGGAAUUAAGAAAAGAAAAGAUAAAAAAAAAAUAAAGACAAAACAAACCAAGAAAGACGCCAGGUUCUGACUCAGCUGUUUGCAUCUCAUGGCACCGUUCAGCGUUGUAUCUUCUCGUCUUUUUGUUUCUCUAGGGGCAUUCAGCAAUGACAAACUGUUCUAACUUUCCAUGUACCAAAGAGGUGUGCUACACAGACCUGUGGUGGCUCCAUGGACAGUGACGUAGGGAUCUCAGCCUGGCCCUGGGUGGCAUUUUUAAGGAGCGAAGCACCUACUGCGAUGGGCGUGAGGAUGUGCACUGCUGGGCAGGCUCUGGAGUGAGCGACUGUCCAGGCGCUGGACUCUUUGAAAGAAGAAACUGUUUUCAAGGUUGCAUCUUUUGAGGAAAGGCUGGGCUUUUUGGUAAAGUGUUUAGUGGAUGUUUGAUGUUCUCUGUGCAAAAGGAGAGCAAAUGUGGUGGUUUUCCAGUGAGGUGGCAUGUGUCAGCACCGCUGUGUAAGGUUGCUGGGGCAUCGCGCUGGGCUAUGGUGUAUGAUGGUGUCACCUUUGAGGACAGGAUGUUCUUGUUGUUGGGAGACUGGGGUAGGGUGUGAAGUGGUGGCUGAGAUCCUUGCUGUAGGAAAUGAGGCCACCAGAUAAUCAAAGUAGCAGGUUUAAUGUUUGCUGGUCAAACAUUCCCAGAUAUAUUCAGUAUGUCUGGCAACCUGUGAGAAGUGGGUGAAUCGGGACUCCUGUGCUGGCACAUCUCAUCCUAACUAAACUACACACCAUUUCCAAUAAGAUUUCAGUUAAAUGCAGUUUAUUGUUUAAUACAGCAGUGCUGGUUGUUUUAUCUGUAGUAGUUAAGUAGUGAUAAAGUUAGCCUUAUUUCUGGUAGGAAUGGUUGCAGCCAUAGGAAGCAUGUUCACUUCACCUUGGUGAAGCUCUUUGUGGUGUGUGCAGUUCUGAGACUUCACAGAUACGGCAUAAAUUGGGGUAGAUGAAUUUUUCCUGUUAAAUUUGUGACACCAACAGAUCCCAGCUUUGUGUGUAAAUGCUGAACCCACGAUCAUUCAUCAUCCAGGAUGGUAUGUUUUGCAAAACCCGGAGGUGUUGUAAUGAUAUUUAGUUAUUUAUGUCUCAACAUGCAUCCAAAUGCUUUUCAAAGCCAAGAGAAGAGGCCAGCAUGACCUGCUCUUCCAGGCAGGAAAAGUAUUCUCUGCUUCAUAUUGGAAAUGAAUUUUUAGAAUUGGUCUGAACACAAAUCUGGUUGGUUUUUGAUGCACACACAUCCAGUACCUUCAUUACUCAUGAGAAGGCAAUGCAAACCCUAGCUCUUCAGUUCUUGCAAAUGCAUAGUCCUUCUGCUCAAUUACCUGACUGUAGUAUUUUACAACAAAUGGGAAAAUACACAUUCCUCUAUUUGGCAGAUGUCUCUCAUAGCUGCUCUUACACUCAGCCUAUGUUUGGUUUAAUCUAGACUGAUAGAAAAGCCAUCUCCUCAAGCUGUUUCAAAACAGAGACCAAAAAUAUUUAUAUGAUUCAGCUUUUCUUUAAUUCUGGAAACACCAUGAAAUCAGCAAGGGAAUUACUUGUAUCACUCAGUUUGUCUCACCAAUGGGGUUUCUUUCUCUGUGAAAGCUGAAUUUGGGAAGACACCUUUUGUAAAGUAUGAAAUUGGAGCUGCUUUGCAUGGUCUCCAAAAGUGCUGCACAGGAAACCUACCUUAGGUGUGGACAGAGAGAAAUUGCUCUGGUCAUCUUUGUUUAUAUAGUAUCAUCUUCCAAGGUGUACAUUGUUUGAUUUAGGUAGGAAAGCUGAACUGUUUUUUUUCUUACUAUGUUAAAAACAGCUGGAAAAUAUCUUAGAAAAGCUGCUGGUUGGAAGCUUUUGAGAUCUUGGCAGUGAGAUAAGGCUUCCCUGCUUGUGCCCACUGUAAAUAACUAUGUUAAGACAUGGUCUGGUGCAAGCCCAUGAAAAACUGCAGCAUGAAUCUAGGACCAUCAUGGGCCAAAUGGUAGUCACUGGUCUAUUUGUUGCAUUGGAAGGUACAAGAGAUGCAGUUAGGUAUGGGGACUGCAGGAGCACAUAAAAAGCCUUGAUGCUAAUUAAGGAUCCCACCUCUCCUGUGCUGUCCCAUUACCUGUGCUGUAAAAUGGUGGAGGGCUCUUGGAGAAAAGCCCGGGGGAUUGUCGUGAGCACAUAAAAUUCCAAGCAGCUUGAGGUGUAUCUCCCUGACAAGAAGGAGAUGAGGGAAGAACUAUUAUUCCAACAGAGAUAUCCUGAAGUGCUGAAUUCCGGCCACGAUUGCGCACGUUUAUCUUCAGCCAACUGGUUUGGAUUUUUAGAAAGCGAUGUUAAUUUAAGUCUGUAUCUGUUUAUUUUUUAUAUUUGUUGUACAAAAGAGAAAUUUUGACUUUACUACACAAAUAUUAUUCGAGGUCCUGGGUGCUAUGAAUUUAAACAUACCUCCACCAGAACUAGGGGCGAUCAGGUCCUCCAAGGCAGUCACGAUACAUCAACUACUUGCAAUCAUGUGUGCUAGCUACUCAUAUGUAGGUGGGACAGUACCAGUUUUUAGCCAAAUAUUUGCUGAUUUUGUAUCUGAUAUAAAAGCAUUUCUAAGCCUAAUACAUUUCAAUGCAGCUUAAAGAUGCAGCAGCUCUUUUUAUCCUCAGAUCUGUUCCUCCCUAGACCCCAGCUCAGCAGAUUAGUGAGCACGGGCCAGCUUGAAGCACCCGGGUGUAGCCUUACUGGGGUGCCUGGUUACACCCCUGGCAAAGCCAACGCUGGUUCUUUUUCUGUAAAUUAAUUUUUGAAGCUAAGACUGCCAGUGCAGACACUGCCACUGCAGAGCAUCAAUAGCCCAGUCUCCAGAAGACACGACCAGGGUGACAGCCAAAGUCUGGAGCUUCCCCAGCUGCCUCGGUGCUGCUGGCUCCAUGGGCUCCACUCACUUCACUGGUGUCUUCACUUUAAGAUGUUCAGCCAACAGCUGAAUGCAGAGUCUCCAGUUGGUCGGUUGUGCAGUCUAAAUAUUUAGGGCCAGUCCAUAGAGUUGCUUUUUUUUUUUUUUUUUCUAUGAAAAAUGAUGUAUUUUACUUCCUAUGUAUAAAAGUUCCUUGUAAAUUUUUUGUCUGCCUCUGCAUGUUACUCAAGGGGCCGUGUGGUUGUUUAUAAACUGUAAUUUUUUCUAAAUACAAAAUUGUAAAAUAUCUUCUCCCUCUCCCCCCCCCUCACCCCAUUUUCUUUUUAUUUCUGAAUUAUUUGUGAAAUAAAACCUUUCCAGAAUGAA